AUGCAAAGGUACCCCCCCCCGCCAGCCGGCUACAUCUACGUUGUGCAGGAGCCCCAGCCAGGGCAAGUGCACGCGCCGCCUAGGGCGGUGCGAGCGGCAGAGACGCCGUUCAUCAUCAUGCGGGUCGCCUUGGCAUCGUACCGCACGGGACAGGGGGGAGAGGUGCUCUUCGAAGUGCAGGUCACCAUGAACGACGGCUACAAGUACGGUGUGCUCAGGCGCUACUCGCAGUUCGACCAGCUCCGAGAGCGCGUUUCGCGGGUUAUUCGCACGACGACCCCGCCCUUCCCCCCCAAGUGCAGCAUCCGGAGCUCGACCGUGGGGCUCGGACCGGCUGACUUGGAAGAGCGGCGGUAAGAAUGAGAGCGUGGUCAUGGUCGAUCGUGUGUGUAUGUGUGUGUGUGUUGGUCCCCUUUUUUGUUGCGCCAGUCUACACGCCAACACCGAUAUUUUUUCAUGUCUGACGUAUCAGCCGGGGUCACUCAAGGAGAAGGCCACACAGGAACUUUUGCCUUUUUUUGUUCUUGGUGCCCCACCUUUCUCCCUGCGCCGCUUGCCUUAGUUUUUGUCGCGACAAGGGUUUAGCCAUCAUGCGACAAACCAAGACGUGACGUCAUGCUUGUCUUGCACCACAUGCCAUGAACGGUUCUCUGUGUUUGUAGACCGGGACGAAAACUAAACGUAAGAGUGCUGCAAUAUUUCGUAGCAGCGUCUCCCGGCACCCUUGCAGGGGUUGCCACCGAUCGCCAUAGUGUUUCGAGGCUCAACACCUUAGACUACAGCUGUUGGACUUGCGAUUGAGAAGGCUUCAACCAUUCCUGACGGUGACGGGAGAGCCUGCCAAUCCCCUCCACGAUAAACACGCUUUUUGAUACGACUCCCCCUCUUUGCCCAGCCACCCUCCCUAGCCCACUGGAUACCGCGUAUGCCUAGUAAGGGGUGAUGGUGCGGUCAGAUUAAACGUAAUAGAUACUAGCGACAAAUAUGGGUGGACAGCACCCUCCCUCACAAGACCCUAGCAGCCGCCGUUGUACGCACACUACCUGCUCCGUCCCCUCAAGGACGAGUGGUCAACCGUUUAAUACCGAAGGCAUGAUAACG